UCAAAAUGACAUUAAUGACGUUAUACAUUAUUAGAAGGUUAUGAAGAUUAACAGAUAAUUUUAAUAGAAAAGAAACACCAGGGACGUAGUCGGCUUUACAUAAGUUCACAUUUUAUAAGAUUUUUCUUCAAUAUCUGUAAUUUUCCAAGCAAAAUGCUCCCGAGUUGUUUUAGGAAUAUUUGUAAAAAUAGUGUUUUGCCCAAAAAAACGUUCGGAGGAGCAUUUUCGAAAAAUAACUUCGCUACAGAGGCAACAUUUGAGACAAAACCUUACCGUUUACAUAAAUUAGACACAUCUCCUUCAACCACUGUAACAAUCAAUAGAGAAGAUGCAAUCAAAUUUUAUACACAAAUGAACACAAUUAGAAGAAUAGAAACUGCAGCAGGGAACCUUUAUAAAGACAAAAUCAUCAGGGGAUUUUGUCAUUUAUAUUCGGGACAGGAAGCCGUAGCUGUGGGAAUAAAAGCAGCUCUACGUCCACAUGAUGGUGUAAUUACAGCAUACAGAGCACAUGGUUGGUCCUAUAUUAUGGGUGUUUCACCAUUAGGGGUCUUAGCUGAACUUUGUGGACGACAAAAAGGUUGUGCUAAAGGCAAGGGAGGAUCUAUGCACAUGUACUCUGAUAAUUUCUACGGUGGAAAUGGAAUUGUAGGAGCUCAGGUACCAUUGGGAGUAGGUAUUGCAUUAGCUGCUAGAUACAAAGGUACUGAUGGUGUAUGUGUUGCCCUUUACGGUGACGGUGCUGCUAACCAAGGGCAAGUAUUUGAAGUCUACAACAUGGCAAAAUUAUGGAAUCUUCCUUGUAUUUUUGUAUGUGAAAACAAUGGUUAUGGUAUGGGAACCAGUUCAGAAAGGGCAGCUGCUAGUACUAAUUACUAUUCUAGAGGAGAUUACAUCCCUGGUAUAUGGGUAGAUGGUAUGGAUGUUUUAGCAGUGAGGGAAUGCUUCAGGUUUUCAGUGGAUUAUGCCGGUAGUGGUAAAGGACCACUUGUUAUUGAAGCCGCAACUUACAGAUAUUCCGGUCAUUCCAUGUCAGAUCCAGGUACUAGUUACAGAACAAGAGACGAAAUCCAAGAAGUACGACAAACUAGAGAUCCGAUAACUUCUUUUAAAGAAAAAAUUAUUUCGGCUAAUUUAGUAACAGCCGACGAAAUAAAAAAAAUCGACGGGGAAAUUAGAUCGCAAGUUGAUGAAGCUACAAAACAAGCAAAAAUUGACGCGGAAAUUGGUUUAGACGAACUACCGGCUGAUGUAUAUUCACAAAGUUUAGAACCCAAAAUUAGGAACGUCGAUCCAUUCAAACCCCUUGUACAUAAACGAUUAGGCGCAGCCGUUAAUAUAUAAACGAAAUAAUAAGAAAAAAAUCACAAGAUUGACAUAUUUCCUUAUUUUUAUUGAAAAAUUGUUGAUAUAUUUGCGAAGAAGUUAAAAGGGUUAUUUAUUCAUUAACGUACCAGUAAGAUUUUAAGUAGUGAAUAAUUAUCGCAUCAAAUUUAGUUUAGGAUUAAAACCAAAUAAGUAUAGGAAUUAUGUACUAAAAAAAUUGAACAAACUUCAUAUUUAUUAUGAAUAUAUAUUUUAGUGUUUUUGUACUAUAACCCAGCGUUUCUUAAAAAUUCUUCUAAGGAGUUUUAUAUUAAUAAAAUGAGUUGUAAAGGCUAUUCUACUUACCAACUACGAAUAAUAAACCAAUUUGUGCAGUUAUAACUUGUUUAUAUACAACAAAAACACAUUUUAAUGAUACAAAAUAAAACCCAACACCAUCCGGUUUAGUCAUUGAUCAGUAUAUUUCCUCUGGCGACCAACACGAUUUUAUAUCUUCAAAUAUUUUAUCAAACGGUCAUUUUUUCAUAGAUGUUUUGUGAUAUCGGUGGGUAUUUACAUAAACUAGACAAUUGGAGGGUUAAAACCACUCUGCAAGUGAUUUUUCUGUAAUCACAUACGAUUUACUUAUUGUAUUGUAUAUAUAUAUAUAUAUAUAUAUAUGUAAAACAGCACAGCGGUCAGCCUUAUUAACUUCUAAAAUACUUUAUUUUUUUAUUGUCCAAUUUUUUAUACCCAACGUAACUAAUUUCUAUAUUAAAAAUUCCAAAUAUUUAUCUUGAUUUUAUUAUUAAAAUAAAAAGUUGAUUGUUUAAAAUAAUGUAAUUUUUGGUAACAAACUUCUUAUAUUUACAAUAAAUAACCCUAAAAUUAAAACAAAUUCGACUAUUAUUAUAAAAAAAAAAAAGAAAAAUUAAAACAAUUGUACAUAAAAUCACGAAAUAAAAUACUUUAUUUAAAAUUCCCUUGUUUCUAUUCAAUUGUUGCCGGUAGAAGACUCAAAAUAUCUUUGUCUUUUCUUCCCUUCUUUUGGAAGAUGCUGUAUGGUAUAUUGGAUACUCUGUUCUAUAAUCAGCGCAGGAUUAUCUAAAAAUGAAAAUAAUCGAAUCCGUUAUUUUACAGUUGUUGUGGCUGUUUUUAUACGUACAAUUUUCUGUGAAGCCCUUUUUAUAAGAGAUUUCCAAGAAUCAGAAUUUUCCAGAAAGUGAGGUAGUGUAUAUAAACGAGUUACUAACACCCAAUCAGAAAAUCAUUCAAUGUCAUAUUUUAAAUAAAUUAAUGUAUCAUGUUGUGUAUUUGGUGUUCAUUUAUAAAUAAAUAAAGUCUGUAUACAUUAACAGACAAAUAUAUUUAGUUUAACUCAAUUUAACUAUCAAUUAUGUCAUUUUUGAUAAGUUUUACCAUAUAACCCAGUGUAGGGAGUUUCACCUCACCAAAUAAUACAGUUUAUCAAAUUUAAGUAGAGAAGUCAAACUUAACGAAAAGAAAAAGCGUUAAAGUCGAAGUUAAACGUCCCAAAUGACAAAUAAUGGUUCUAAUAAACUUACAAGGUAUCUAUAAA